CCCUGACCCCAUUUCACGAUGACUUUGAGCAAUCCCCAAAUGCUCGCACAAGACCUUCCAACACCAGAGCCAGAAACCCCUUACAGGCCUCGCCAGCCUUACCGGUUCUCGACCCUCUGCGCUACAGUGGAGAAUCCUUCUCAAAAGGAUCAAUAUGGUUCUAGCUCUGUACCAAUAUACCAAACCGCUACUUUUAAAGGUGUUAACGGACAGUAUGAUUACACUCGCAGUGGAAAUCCAACACGCAGUCAUUUAGAACAUCAUCUUGCCAAGAUAUCAUCUGCUGCUCAUGCUUUUGCUGUAUCUUCUGGCAUGGCCGCCCUCGAUACUAUCUUGCGUAUACUCAAGCCUGGCGAUGAAGUCAUCGCAGGGGAUGACCUUUACGGCGGUACUAACCGCAUACUUGCUUAUCUCAAAACACACGGUGGCGUCACCGUACAUCAUGUAGACACCACCAAACCUGACACUCUUCUUCCUUACAUUAAUCCUGAAAAGACUGCUAUGGUUCUCCUCGAGAGUCCAACUAACCCUCUACUCAAAAUAGUAGAUCUUGCCCGCAUAGCUGCCGAUAUCAAGGAACGUGCCCCCAACGCUGUCAUCGUCGUCGAUAAUACCAUGAUGAGUCCCUACUUGCAACGCCCUCUCGAGCAUGGCGCAGAUAUCGUGUACGACAGCGCUACCAAAUAUCUAAGUGGCCAUCAUGACCUUAUGGCCGGUGUAAUUACCUGCAACAGGGAUGACCUUGCCAAGCAAAUGGGAUUCGUCAUUAAUGCUGCUGGCAAUGCACUUACCCCAUUCGACUGUUUCCUCCUUCUACGAGGAUCGAAGACCCUUGCCAUUCGCAUGGAUCGCCAGCAAGCUACUUCGAUGCUUGUGGCUCAGAUGCUCGAUCGCCUUGGUUUUAAAGUCCACUACCCCGGUCUCGCAGAACACCCCGACCGUGAUGUACAUGAGCGAAUUGCAGACGGAUAUGGCGCUGUCCUCAGUUUCACUACUGGUGACAAGGCUCUGAGUGAGCGCAUCGUUGGUGCGACACGUCUUUGGGGCAUUAGCGUCAGCUUUGGUUGCGUCAAUUCGCUAAUCAGCAUGCCAUGUGUCAUGUCACAUGCGUCCAUUGACCCUGCUACCCGCGCUGCGCGGGGCCUGCCAGAAGACUUGAUUCGACUUUGCGUUGGUAUUGAAGACCCAGCUGACCUUCUCGAUGACCUUGAACGUGCUCUUCUGGAGGCUGGCGCAAUCACUCUCACCGCAGGCGGGGACUUGCACCAAUGCUAUGUUCGGACGAUCCCUUCAGAGGGCACUGCGAUCUCUCGUGCCGUACAGAAACUUGCGUUCAACGGGUCUGCGGAACGCACGGCAGAGUACAACGAGAACAGAGAGUGGUUCGUCAGUGCACCUGGAAAAGUCAUUCUAUUCGGUGAACAUGCUGUCGUGCAUGGUGUCACAGCAGUGGCUGCAAGCGUAGAUCUCCGGUGCUAUGGCGUUACGACACCUCGUCACGAUGGUAAAGUCAGCGUGCACUUCAUCGAUAUCGAUAGCUUCACGCAAGAGUGGGAAGUGGAUGACCUCCCUUGGGAUGCAGUUACUCCAGUGCGAGUUGGUGAUUUCCAUUCGGACAGUCUGGACCACAAGCUCGUUGAUGCGAUUACUACUCGUGCAUUAUCCCCCGAAGUUCUUGCACAAGCGAGUGCGCGACAGGCGUGUAUUGCGUUUCUGUACAUGUACAUGAUCAUGGCACAUGGCGGGAAAAGACCAUCCUUUAACUUCUCCGUUCGCGCCACGCUUCCUGUCGGCGCAGGCCUCGGUUCCUCAGCAUCAUUCUCCGCCUGCGCAGCCACCGCUCUUUUGCUUUUGUACUCCCGUAUCCAGCUCCCAGCACCGCCCGCCCCUACCACCGAUGGUCACGUUCAUGUCUCUCACGAGGGUCGGCGUGCAAUACCGCCAGCACUUGCUGAGGAGGUCAACCGAUGGGCAUUCGUAAGCGAGAAAAUUUUGCACGGCAACCCCAGUGGCGUAGAUAACUCUGUAUCGGUAUUUGGUGGCGCACUUUCGUAUACCAGACCAGGAUUCGGUAGAAAAGAGGGCAUGACCCCCAUUCAGGGUUUCAAAUCUCUCAGAUUCCUCUUGACGGACUCGAGGGUACCGAGGAACACAAAGCAAUUAGUGGCUGGUGUGACUGCAUUGAAGGAGCAAGAGCCCGAGUUUGUCAACGGCCUGCUUAAUGCAAUACAACACAUAAGUGACGAGGCACAGCGUGCGCUCGCGGAUCCCCACUUAUCACGGCAAACCCUGCUGUCAGCUCUAUCAGCUCUCAUCGAUGAGAACCAUGGGUACCUUGUGAAACUUGGCGUAUCACAUCCAUCUCUCGAAGCCAUCCGAUCCAAGACUGCAUCCCCUCAAUAUGCACUUAGUACAAAACUUACUGGUGCCGGAGGUGGAGGUUGUGCAGUAACGCUCGUCCCUGAUGAUCUCUCGGAAUCCAGUCUUCGCGAACUGAUGACAUCAUUAUCCAAGGACAGCUUCGUGCCCUACCUCACGUCAGUCGGCGGAAGCGGUCUGGGCAUCCUCUCGCCAUACAACCAGCCUCAACUGCUGGCGACGCCCCCCGAAUUGCCUGGUGACAGCGAGGUCCAUGCUGGAGCUGUCGAAUCAUUGCGCGGUACUUUUGCUGGUAAGGCGACAGCAGAUCUUUCAGCGUGGGCAGAUGGUUUGGGACGGUGGCUUUUUGUUUGAAAGUGAACCGAGGUGUGCUGUGUUUAUGAGUACGAUGAGUGUAUGUAUAGAACGUUCUUGUAUGUUGGAUGUAGCAAUGGUUUCAGUGGCAUAGAUAUGGAAAGUUGCCCAUCGAUCGUGUUUAGUAGCCAGCUAAGGUGCAUGAGGGAGUAUAAUGACAGAUGCGUCUUGAUUAUAACGUAAUUGUCUGGUUCUUGUCUAGGUCAACACGACAGUGAUGGAGCAAAAGGAGCGUAACUGUGACGCCACUGCUGCCGUGACCAACACGGAGGAUGCAAGUUCACACGGAAAAAGUGCGGGCAGUUGCAUUCAUCAAAGGCGGUCGAUGAGUCGUUACUGGGGACGUGGAGAAAGGAGUGUUG